CUCAGGAGCGUUAGUAGCUAGGUUGAAGGAAAGUUGCAAGAUUAGCGCUUUGGUCACGGUCAUCCAGGCACCUGCGAAGACACCACUGCACGGAACAUACACUCCUAGCCAUGGCGUUCUCUCGCGGGUUGUGGACCUCGAUCGUCCUAACCGUUGGACUUAUCCUCUGCUUCCACAUGGUUGAGAUUAAAGCCGUCCGGUGCUACACUAGGCCUCUCGCGGCAUGUGACUUCGUGGUGCGAGGGAGUGCGGGUGUUGUGCCUCGGUACAAGGUGGCGCCGUUUCUGGGGAACAGGUUGCUCAGCCGCACUCCCAUUAUUCACAAGUCCGGCGAUCCUGUUAUCACUGCGUCUUCAGAUGACUGCACGUUCCUGAAUUCGGGUGCAAGCUGCGAGAAUCGCUUCUUCUUCAUGCCGCCAGGCAACGAUUACAACAAGACCAACUACAUCGGCCAACACCCUAUAGCACGCACUGCCCUCGCGGUAUACAAGCAGCAGUGUGUCGUCCUGUUCAUGAACAACGCGCUCUUGGCGAGGGCCGGAUGGCUCAAUAAUGGGGACAACCACCGCAAGUUCCCUCAGGCUCGGCGCUGUGUGGUCUUCACCACGUUCUAGCAUUCUGGACCAACUUCGACAACGACAAGCUUUCCUCAUCCUCACACCAAAACUUAUUCAGACCAAUGGGUCUGUAAGAUGUCAUCAUCACUUUCCAAACAGGACUUCGGUGACUGAUUUUCUGCGAGUGUCCCAUCAAUGCAAUCCCAGAAGUAGGGUUUCACAAAUCUAGGGGAGUACCGUUUCCCCUGUGCCAGGUCGGGCGGACUUGCGUGCAUGCUUUCGUAAUUUGUUAGGCGCCACCUAUAAGGCACUAGCGUCUAGCAACACACUACUCAGUUUGCUGUCAGGGUUCCAUCUUUGCAAUAAGUGAUAAUCCAAGUA